AUGCCGCUGCGGGACGAAGCCCUCCGGGAGGUGUGGGCCUCGGACAGCGGACAGGAGAGCGGGAGCCCCGAGGUGCGGCGGCGCCCCCCGCAGCGACUCGCCCGGGGCCCGAAGCUGAAGGAGAGGCCGGCGGCCCCCGAGCCCCCUGCGCCCCGGAGGCCGGGCGCCGCGCGGAGGCGGAGGCCGCCCCCCCAGCCCGACUUCGCCAAGUUCCUGCGGGACCCCGAGGCCCGGCGCGACCCCCGAGACGCCUUCCUGGUGGCCCGAGCGCGCGGGGCGGAGGAGGAGGAGGAGGAGGAGGAGGAGGAGGGGAAAGAGCGAGGCCCCCUGCCCCCCAGGAAGCCCCCUAAGGAGGAGGAGAAGGCUCCGGCGGCCCCGGGGGCCAGGAGGGUGCCCAGCACAGGGGCCCCGGGCAGCCCCGUGCCGCCACCGAAGCCCCUGCGGGCGAAGAAGGUGCCGGCGGGCGGAGGCGCCCGGCCGAGGAGGACGAGGAGGAAAGGGGCUGGGGCAGGCGGCACGGCCCCCCCGGAGCCCGGGGCGAGCUCGGCGGGGGCGCGGAAGGCCCCGGAGGCCCUGUUCCUGGUGGCGGAGGAAGGCCCGGCCGGGAAGGCUCUGAGGAGGAGAGGUGCUCCCAAAGACCCCGAGGAGGAGCGGAAGGAGGAAGAGGGGGAGGAGGGAGACGCGGCGGCUGUGGCGACCAAGAACAGCAACCAGAAGGGCAAAGCGAAAGGAAAAGGCAAAAAGAAAGCGAGCGAGGAGCGGGCCGCGUCCCCGCCCGUGGAGGUGGGCGAGCCGCGGGAGUUCGUGCUGCGGCCGGCCCCGCAGGGCAGGACCGUGCGCUGCCGGCUGACGCGGGACAAGAGGGGCGUGGACCGCGGCCUGUUCCCCUCCUACUUCCUGCACCUGGACGCCGAGAGGAAGGUGUUCCUCUUGGCUGGCAGGAAGCGGAAACGGAGCAAGACGGCCAACUACCUCAUGUCCAGCGACCCCACCAAUCUGUCCCGAGGAGGGGAGAAUUUUGUGGGGAAGCUGAGGUCCAACCUCCUGGGGAACCGCUUCACCGUCUUUGACAGCGGGCAGAACCCGCACCGCGGCGGGGGCGCCGACGUGGGGAGCCUCCGGCAGGAGCUGGCGGCUGUGAUUUAUGAAACCAACGUGCUGGGCUUCCGAGGUCCGCGGCGCAUGACGGUCAUCAUUCCGGGCAUGAAUUCAGACAACGAGAGGGUCCCCAUCCGGCCCCGAAACGCCAGCGAUGGGCUGCUGGUGCGCUGGCAGAACAAGACUCUGGAGAGCCUCAUUGAGCUGCACAACAAGCCUCCGUUCUGGAAUGAAGCCACAGGCUCCUACACCCUCAACUUCCAAGGCAGAGUCACGCAGGCCUCGGUGAAGAACUUCCAGAUUGUGCACGCCGAUGACCCGGACUACAUCGUGCUGCAGUUCGGCCGCGUGGCGGAGGACGCCUUCACCCUGGACUACCGCUACCCGCUGUGCGCCCUGCAGGCCUUCGCCAUCGCCCUCUCCAGCUUCGACGGGAAGCUGGCCUGCGAGUGA